UUUUCUUUAAUAUCUGACAGUUCAAAAUAAAGUCAACAUUUUUGUUGAUGACUGGCAUUUUGCAAAUAACCGGUGAUUUUAAGUAUUUUUUGAGUAAAUAGUGAGAAAUUAAAGUGCUUAAAAAUGGAGUCGAUAGCAACAGAUUCAGGAAAAAUCGUCAAAAUGGAGGUAGACUAUAGCUCUACAUGCGACGAGAAGAUUCCUGAAUGCCAAAAAAUGGCAAAAUCAGGAAAAUUACAUGAUGCUCUCGAUCAACUCUUAGCCUUGGAAAAACAGACCAGAACUGGAGCGGAUAUGAUCUCCACCGGUCGCGUCCUAGUGGCAAUCGUGCAAAUAUGCAGAGAAGCUAAAAACUGGAAUGCUCUGAAUGAACAUAUAGUUUUGUUGACCAAACGAAGAUCACAGUUGAAACAAGCUGUCACGAAGAUGGUGCAGGAAUGUUGUACUUAUGUCGAGCAAACUCCUGAUAAAGAGACAAAAAUUAAGUUGAUUGAUACUCUCAGGCAUGUUACUGAAGGUAAAAUAUAUGUGGAGGUUGAGCGGGCUCGUUUGACUCACAAAUUGGCCCAAAUAAGGGAGGAUGAAAACGACAUUCAAGAAGCAGCCAAUAUAAUCCAAGAAUUGCAAGUGGAGACCUAUGGGUCUAUGGAAAAACGCGAAAAAGUUGAACUUAUCUUGGAACAAAUGAGACUGUGUCUUGCUAAGCAGGAUUACAUUCGCACCCAGAUCAUUUCAAAGAAAAUCAACACCAAAUUCUUUGAUGAUGAGGGCACACAAGACCUAAAACUCAAAUAUUACAGGCUUAUGAUGGAGCUUGAUCAACAUGAAGGUUCAUAUUUGGCCACUUGCAAACAUUACAGAGCUGUUUUGAACACUCCUAGCAUCCAGGCUGUUGCUGAAGAAAGACAGAGUGCUGCUCAAGCUGUCGUUUUAUAUUUGAUAUUGGCACAACAUGAUAAUGAGCAAGCGGAUUUGACUCACAGGGUACUAGCUGAUAAAAUUUUGGAGGAAAUUCCAAUGUACAAACAAUUGCUAAAACUGUUCACUACACCGGAGUUAAUUAAAUGGUCAGGUUUGUGCGAGUUAUACGAAAAACAACUGAAGUCGACCCCCGUUUUUUCCGGUAACGAGCCGGCCAAAAAACGCUGGGAAAAUCUCAAGAGUAGAGUCGUCGAACACAAUAUUCGCGUGAUGGCUAAAUAUUACACCCGCAUCGAAAUCAAACGUAUGUCGGAAUUGUUAGAUUUAUCUCCUGCAGAAACCGAGGAAUUGCUCUCGCAAAUGGUGGUCAGUAAAAGUGUGCAAGCCAAAACCGACAGGAUGUCAGGCGUCGUACACUUCCAACAGGGUAAAGACGCUUCAGAUAUACUCAACGAUUGGGCGCGUGAUCUCUCCUCUUUGAUGCAAUUGGUUAAUAAAACAACACACUUGAUCAAUAAAGAAGAGUGCGUGCACAAACAUUUGCAAGCCAAUGCCUGAAUUUUUCAUUAAUUUGCGUAUAAUUUUUUUAAAUAUAAUUAAGUUUGUCUAUUCAUUGUAUUAAAUUAAAUGAUGUAACUUAU